CGUCGAGAGCGCGCGCGUUGCCCUCAAUUUAAUCCGAUUUUCCCGCAAUUUUCCAACAAUUUUGGCUAUUCUGGGCUUAUUCCGAUUAUUGCGUUUAUUUCUGGGAUUAUCGAGAUUGCCGACUUUUGAGUUUAUUUUUCUCUUUAUAUUCUUGUUAUAUUGCCUUGGAAUGGGACUUUUCCGUCCCCUGCAAGGUCUUCCGUUGCCCUCUCAGAUGUCCUCCCCGGUCAGCCCUACCAGCCCUACAUUUACCAACUUCUCUGCUCCUUCCCCAUACUCUUCUGCCUCGUCCGUCGACGACACCCCGUUUGACACCGUGCCCAACGACCGCGACCGCGACUCUGCCGUUGUGCAGACCAUGUCUUCUUACUCUUCGUACCCUUCCAACUCCCAGCAGCCUGUCUACCAGAAUCAGAACGACCUCGUCUAUCCCGACCAGGACCAGUACUACCCGUCGACGUCAAUGAUGAUGCAAUGGACACCGCCCGUCGCGAAAAAGCAGCAGGGCAUGCAAGGCCAGUACCAUUCUCAGCAGCAACAGAUGCCGGCACAGCAGCUGUCCAUCUUCAUUCCCAACGGCCAGCAGCAACAGCACGCGCCGGUCAUUCACUCGCCUGUGCCCCAUCACCACAGCCAACAGGGUCGCCAAUCGCAGCAGAGCCCACAUCAUCUACUCGACAUUGAUCUGGAUGAAUGGCAUUCCCAACAGCAGCAGCACCAGUACUCGCACGCCCAGUCGCAUUCACUGGCCAUGGCACAGGUCCACCCGAGCCACUCAUACCCGCGGGUCAAGCAGGAGGACGUCUCUGUGCUCUAUCCUUUGAAUGGGAACGGUACGUACGGACAUGGUCAGCAGCAACAGCAGCAGACUUCAUCCCAUUCCCAAGGGCAUAUAUUCGAUCUCUCGACGCCCCACCAGCUGCAGGCGCUGCAGGCUCAGCAUUCCCCCUCAUACAACGACCUCCUCGACCCGUACUACUCGUCGCAAGGCCCGCAUUCUGCCAUGGUACUGCACGAGCGCUUCGUGCAUCCCUCGGAGCUCUCCCCUGCCGACUCACCCGUCUCGCCGCUCGAAUUUCCUCCGCGGCCCGACGAAACCGCGGACCCUGCGCAGGGUCAGACACCACAACAACAGAUGGCUGUCGGCUGCGAUCCGCGCUACGUCUCGGGAGAGCUCGGCGCGGUCAAUGCAGGGAAGGAUGACGCGCAUGAAGAGGAUGCAGAGGGGGAUGACGAUGUCGACGCAGAGGGCGAAGACGAGUACGACGAUAAGGAAGGUGCCGGCGUUAAGGACGAUGACGCGUAUGAGGAUGACGAAGCCUACGACGAUGCUGACUACGACGACGACAGGGAUGGAGAGUACGUACUACGUCGAGGAAGACGCAUGUCCGGCGGUUCUUCGAACCGAAACCUACGUACACGCACGGGCACAGAGCGGUAUAACCCGUACCAAUAUACCUCCCCGUCUCCUUCGGCCUAUCCAGAACCCCCAAGCCAGAUAGGCAUCAGCACGCGUUCGAGACGCACUACUUCAAAUGAUUCCUCACUUGCUUCGACGGCAUCGUCGUUAGACUAUGCCCUUCCCUCUCAUCGUCGCAGGCCUCGUCCCGCGACGAACCUCCCCGUACCCAUUCCAGUGCCCAAUCUCACUAAAAAGUCUCGGGGACGGCGUGUGCCCACCGUUACAUCGCUGGACGACAGUCCACGACGCGAUGGUGACGGAGACUUCUCUGUGGCCACUGGGAAGGGUGCUAGGGUCCAUCUAUGCCAGGUUCCUGGUUGUGGAAAGUGUUUCGCCCGAGGCGAACACUUGAAGAGGCAUGUCCGUAGCAUCCAUACAUAUGAGAAACCGCAUAAAUGUCCGUACCCUGGCUGUGGAAAGGAUUUUAGUCGCCACGAUAAUCUCGGUCAACAUAUGCGGGUUCAUAAGGAUUAUCGGGGUUAAUAACGCUCGUCCCCUUUCUCCCGCCUCAUCUACAACUGCAUCUACGUCUCGUUUAUUACCAGAUACCCCAUAAUUCAUUUGGAUUCGGUUUUUGGCUUAGUUCUGUGUGCCCGAGGAAAUAGGAUUAUGCUUUCGCUCGCGAUUUUUUUAUGCGCGGGUUAGUCUUUAUUCGUUAUUCGUCUUUUCAUUGUUGUUGUCAUUGUACACUCUCCCCACAAUCCCCAACCAUCACGCAUUUUUUAACAUAGAUAAAACAGUUAUAGCGUAUCAUAA